AUGCCGUCAAAAUAUGGUAAUGGGUCUGGAACAGGACGGUUUGUUAAGAACUCAACGGUAAAGUCAGAAUUUAAGAAUAAUGGAUAUAAUAGAGCAGAUGCAAUCGAUCCUCUGAUUGCAAAUAACCCUAUGUUGAACGAUUCUAUACAAAAGCGAGAAUUGGUUAACAGAAUAGAUCAGUUGGAUUCUAUUAUGGGGUUUGACAGAAUCGAACAUGGUGAAAUGGAUGGUGCUAAACCACGAAAGGGAUGGCUCAUAAAUAUGCAUGCUACCACAAUACCUACUGAUGAAUAUUUGGCGGGAUACUCUGGGGUAGAUUAUUACUUUUUAGAUGAGGAAGGUGGAUCAUUCAAGGCAACGAUACGAUAUGAUCCAUAUUUUUAUUUGGUAAUAAUACCAGGCCACGAAUCAGAGGUAGAAGAAAUGCUUAGAAAAAUCUUGGAACCUUGCAGUUUGAAAGGAUUGCUGAGGGUUGCCAAGGAGGAUUUAUCAUUACCCAACCAUUUAGUGGGUUUAAAAAAGACCUUAGUCAAAUUAAGCUUUCAUAACGUUGUGGACCUUUUGAGUGCCAGAAGAUUGCUCAAUCCUAUAAUUAAAGACAACAAGAUGAAGAGAGAUACUAGAGAUAUCUAUCAAGUGAUGAACUUCAACAACGUAAAUAAUGCCAACGGCACAGAGAUUCACACAAAUUUCAAUGAUAAGGGUUCUGAGCAAAUCGCGGAUCCGUCGACAUUAAUAGAUGAUAUUAGAGAAUAUGAUGUUCCUUAUCAUGUUAGAGUGUCUAUCGAUGAAAGUAUCAGAGUUGGAAAAUGGUACGACGUUUUUGUUAAACAUUCAGAAGUAAGAUUAGAAGAGGAUAAAGAAAAAAUUGCCUUUGCCGAUCCAGUUAUUUUAGCUUUUGAUAUAGAAACAACGAAAGCUCCUCUAAAGUUUCCGGAUGCAAAAACAGAUCAAAUCAUGAUGAUAUCUUAUAUGAUUGAUGGUGAGGGUUUUUUAAUCACUAAUAGAGAAAUUAUAUCCGAAGAUAUUGAAGAUUUUGAAUAUACUCCAAAACCAGAAUACCCUGGUUUGUUUACUAUUUUCAAUGAACCAGACGAAAAGAUGGUUUUAGUAAGAUUUUUUGAACAUAUAAGAGAUUCUAGACCUACAGUGAUUGCCACUUUCAAUGGUGAUUUUUUUGAUUGGCCAUUCGUGGAAAAAAGAACUACAUUUCAUGAUAUGGAUAUGUUUGAAGAAAUUGGGUUUGCAAAAGAUAAUGAUGGUGAAUAUAAAUCGAAGUACUGUGUGCAUAUGGAUUGCUAUAGAUGGGUUAAAAGAGAUUCUUAUUUACCUCAAGGUUCACAAGGUUUAAAGGCAGUUACUACCGCAAAAUUAGGUUAUAAUCCAACAGAAUUGGAUCCAGAACUCAUGACUCCUUAUGCUUACGAAAAACCACAACUAUUGUCUGAGUACUCCGUCUCUGAUGCGGUUGCAACAUAUUACUUAUAUUAUAAGUAUGUUCAUCCUUUUAUUUUCUCUUUAUGUACUAUUAUUCCAUUAAAUCCAGAUGAAGUUCUAAGAAAAGGUACAGGUACCUUAUGUGAAAUGUUAUUAAUGGUUCAAGCCUACGAGAACGAAAUUGUUUUGCCCAACAAACAUACGGAACCAAUUGAAAGAUUCUAUGAUGGUCAUUUGUUAGAGUCUGAAACUUACGUUGGUGGGCACGUUGAAUCGCUAGAGGCUGGUGUUUUUCGUAGUGAUUUACCUAAUGAUUUCAAAAUAGACCCAACAGCAGUUGAUGAGAUAUUAGGUGAUUUACAUAAUGCAUUAAAGUUUUGUAUUGAAGUUGAAAAUAACAAAAAGGUAGAAGAUGUUGAAAACUACGAUGAGAUUUAUAACCAGAUUAAGGAUAGUUUGGUUAACUUAAGGGAAAAUCCUAUUAGGAAUGAAAAUCCUUUAAUUUUUCAUGUUGAUGUCGCUUCAAUGUAUCCUAAUAUCAUGACUUCUAAUAGAUUACAACCAGAUUCGAUGAAAUCAGAAGAAGAUUGUGCUGCUUGUGAUUUCAAUAGACCUGGUAAGAGUUGUGAUCGUAGAUUGCCUUGGUCUUGGAGAGGUGAAUACUAUCCCGCUGAAAUGAAUGAAUACGGUAUGAUAAAGAGAACAUUACAAAACGAAACCUUCCCUCCAGCAAAAUCAUGGCUUCCUCCUAAAACAUUUGAUGAGUUAUCGUACUCAGAACAAGCUCUGUUAAUCAAAAAGAGAUUGAGCGAUUAUUCGAGAAAAGUAUAUCAUAGAAUAAAGCAGUCUAAAACUGUCACUAGAGAAGCAAUUGUUUGUCAGCGUGAAAACCCAUUUUACGUUGAUACUGUUAGAUCAUUUAGGGACCGUCGUUAUGAAUUUAAAACAUUAGCUAAAGUGUGGAAAGGUAAAACUGCAAAGAUAGACAAAAAUGAUACAAUCGGAAAAGAUGAAGCUAAGAAGAUGGUGGUUUUAUACGACUCCUUGCAAUUAGCGCAUAAAGUCAUUUUAAACUCCUUUUAUGGUUAUGUAAUGAGAAAAGGUUCUCGUUGGUACUCAAUGGAAAUGGCUGGUAUUACUUGUCUUACAGGAGCAACUAUAAUUCAAAUGGCUAGGUCUUUAGUUGAAAGGUUAGGAAGGCCAUUAGAAUUAGAUACUGAUGGUAUUUGGUGUAUUUUACCUAAAUCGUUCCCCGAAAACUAUUACUUUAAAUGUAAAGAUGGUAAGAAAAUCUUUCUUGAAUACCCAUGCUCUAUGUUGAACUAUUUGGUUCAUGAUAAAUUCACCAAUCAUCAAUAUCAAGACUUGGUUGAUCCUAACACUUUCAAGUAUAAGACUAGAUCUGAAAAUUCAAUUUUCUUUGAAGUUGAUGGUCCAUACAAAGCAAUGGUUUUACCCACAUCUAAAGAGGAAGGAAAAGGGUUAAAAAAAAGGUACGCAGUGUUUAAUGAUGAUGGAUCAUUAGCUGAAUUGAAGGGUUUCGAAUUGAAAAGAAGAGGUGAACUACAAUUGAUUAAAAACUUUCAAUCUGACAUUUUUAAAUUGUUCUUGGAAGGUGACAGCUUAGAAAAUUGUUACAAAUCUGUGGCUACAGUAGCAAAUAAUUGGCUAGAUGUUUUAGAUACCAAAGGAGGUAUGUUGGAGGACGAGGACUUAAUUGAACUUAUUUGUGAAAAUAGAAGUAUGUCAAAAAGUUUGUCAGAAUAUGGAAACCAAAAGUCUACUUCAAUCACGACAGCGAAAAGAUUGGGUGAAUUUCUUGGUGAAGAAAUGGUUAAAGAUGCUGGUUUGGCAUGUAAAUAUAUCAUUAGUUCCAAACCAAUUGGAAGCCCCGUCACAGAAAGAGCAGUUCCAGUCUCUAUUUUUUCUUCGGAGAAGAAAGAGUAUUUUUUGAAGAAGUGGUUGAAAGAUCCGUCGUUAGAAAAUUUUGAUCCAAGAAGUGUUAUCGAUUGGAACUAUUACUAUGAACGUUUGGCUUCUGUUGUUCAAAAAAUUAUCUCUAUUCCAGCAGCAUUACAAGAUGUAAAGAAUCCAGUUCCAAGAGUACCACAUCCUGAGUGGUUACAAAAGAGAAUCAGCUCCAAAGAAGAUAGCAAACAGCAAUCAUCAAUUUCAUCAUUUUUCGGUCAAGCUACAAAGAAAGAAGUAUUACAGAAACAGAUUAAAUCAAUCCAAGACAUAGAAGACUUUGGAGAACUAGACGCCUCUAUUCCGAAAGGACGAGUUAGCAAGGUAACAUCAAGAAAGAGGAGAAGUGGAAAGGCAAACAAUGUCUCUGAUUCUGAAGAAGAGGAGAGAAACAGUGCCAUUUUAAAUGGCGAAUGCCCAUCAAUGACUGUAGAUUAUGCUGGAUUCUUACAAUAUCAAAAGGCUAAAUGGAAAGUCCAAGAGAAAACCAGAGAAAGAAGAAAGAAGCUAUUUGGAUCAAAUGCAGAAUCUUCUCAUAGGUCUUCAGUUGGUGGAAUUAUUCGAAGACAAGCUGAAAAUAUUGCUGGCUCUGAUUGGGAGAUCCUAGAAUAUAAAGCGGACCCAUCUAAACCGGGUGAUAUUAAAGUAUACGUCCUGGCUAGUAAUAAGGUACACUCUUUCACUUUUCAUAUACCAAAAAAGAUAUAUGCUAGUUUCAAGACUGAGUUAUCACCUAAGAAAACUAUCAGAAACUGUGAAAUUGAAAAAUCAACAGCUGUGUUACCAAAUGGUCAUGACGGUUCUAACUUAUACAAGUUAACUAUGCCGGAAGAAACUUAUUUAGAGGAGUCUACAAAAGUUGAAAGUUUGUUACAGGAUUCAAAUAUUUUGGGACUUUAUGAAACUCAAGUUGGAGCAGUAGAAAGGGCAAUUAUCGAUUUAGGCAACAAUAUCAGAUUCGAUGACACUAAGGUUGGAGCUUUAGGUAAAGGUUUGAAAAACGGGUUUAAUAAGAAGGAUUUAAUGAAAGUAGAAAGGGAUUCUUAUUUGAAGCGCUUUGGUAUGGACAUUAUCUAUUUUUUACACCUUGUAACUAAUAGUUAUGAAUUCUUUAUCAUUUUUAAAUCCUGGGAAAAUUCAGCAAGCAUAUUUGUAUUAAAGCCAUCUGCAAAUGCACAGGAGUUACCACCUAAUAUGGACAAAAUAUAUAGGGAGAUAUUUGAAGCCAAGAAAGACAAAUUGGGCAAAAUGUACAGCAUUAUUGAAUACCCCGAAGAAAUGAAAUUUGAGCAUACUUAUUUCCAUGACACGGGCAAAAUAUUUAAGAAGAUGGACAAUUGCAUAAGCAAAAUAUAUGAGAGUAGAAGCAAUAGAGCAUUACUCGCAGUACAAUCUCCUUAUACAACAAAAGUCUUGAACCUUUUAAAGUCAACAGCGAGCUUUCCAACUAUAAAAAUGAAUAUAAGUGAACUUUCACUACCUGCUGUUGGAUGGCAGUCGUUGAUUAUUAAGAGAGUUGUUAAUCAUUACUUUGUAUUGGCAUCAUGGAUCAAAAAAUUGAUUUCUUUGGCUAAGUAUGGUAACGUUCCUUUAUGUAAUUUACAAAUUGAGAAUAUGGGGUAUUUAAUCGACAUCGAAUAUGCCAGAAGAUUAAGCCAGAACAAUAUAGUGUUAUGGCUUUCAUCACGGCCAUUGCCAGACCAUGGUGGAUUCGAGAUGGAUAAAGCCCAAGACUUUGAAAAUUUGGAAUUUCCUACUAUCAAUAACCCAGAAAUUUAUGAAACAGCUUGUUUGGAAGUUGAGAUCGGUACCCUAACAAUUAAUACGAUUUUGACUAGCGCAUUAAUUAAUGAAGCUGAAGGGACCGACUUAGCUGAUGAUGUAGUUCAAUUUGAUAAUAAUAAUGGAGCUUCUACAAUCGCUGAAGAUUCGUUUUCUACGCCCGCAUUAGGUAUAUUGCGAGGAAUGGUUAAAGAUUGGUGGGAUGAUGCAUUAAAAAAUAAUGAUAACGCUGAUUCUAUGAUGAAUAACUUAGUAACUUGGGUCCAAAGAUCAGAUUCUCUUUUGUAUGAUUAUUCUUUGCAUUACCAUGUUCACAACUUAACUACUAAGGCAUUAUUACAAUUGAUUGGUGAAUUUAAAAGAAUGAAUGCACAAGUCAUUUUUGCUAAUAGAAACAAGAUGCUUAUACAAACAACUAAAGUUUCCAUUGAGAAUUCAUAUGCUUAUGGUCAGUACAUCCUUAAGGCUGCCAGAUCAAAACCAUUGUUCAACUUUUUAGAUUUGAGAAUUGUUAAAUACUGGGAUUUAUUAGUUUGGAUGGAUGAAUAUAACUUCGGUGGUAGAUGCUGUACGGAAAUAACCAAUGAUGAAGUGCAAAACUUGAUACCUGUGAACAAAUGGCAGAUUACGAAAUUUUUGCCUGUCAUUUUUCAAAAUGAAUUUGAAGAUUGGCUAAUUAUAUUCUUAGAUUCAUUGACUAAAUUUAAAAACGAUACAUUAAUCCCUGGUACUCAAACUGGUACACCAAGAGUCACUCAGAUUGCGCAUAUAUUAAAGGGCCAGAAAAAGCUUGAUUCAAAUGAGGCAGAAGAGGAGAGCAUUUCAAACGGAGUGAUGGAACUAUUUAGAAAGCCAUUACAAAAGAGGAUAGAAAAAUUGGCACGCCGUCAAAACGAAUCAAUCCUUAACCCAGAAUUAAGACAAGAAUAUGACUUUCCUAAAUUACCUGGUUCUUGUACGAGUAUGAAAAAUCCUUCCUUGGAACUAGUUAAGUUCUUGUGCGCCGUGUUUGGGUUAUCAAGAAAGAGAAACAUAGAAGUUAGACUUUUUAGAAGGGAGUUAUUAUCAAUUUUUGAUAUCAAAGAAUUUAGUGAUGAAGCAGCCUUCAAAAAUCCAAGCAGCUCUUUGAAAAUUCCCCAUGUUAUAUGCGAUUAUUGUAACUAUAUUAGAGAUAUUGAUUUCUGUCGUGAUGAAGAGAAGAAUAUUUGGAAUUGCAGUAAUUGCAAUAAAACGUACAAUCGAGUGGCAAUCGAAGAGGAACUCGUAGCCCAAUAUAAUAAAUUGCUAACCAAGUUCUACAUUCAGGAUCUUAAAUGUUCUAAGUGUCAUCAAAUCAAGAGUGAUAACAUGAGUGAGUAUUGUAAGUGCUCUGGGAAAUGGACAGAGACUUUAAAAUAUACAGAAGUGGAUAAGAGACUCCAAAUAUUUUCUAACGUUGGUGAAUUUUUCAAUUUACAGUUACUUAAAGGUAUAAUUGAAGAACUUGCGUUAUAA